AUGGCUCUCGCGAUUUCUUCUCUAUCCGCAACGUCUUCGCGCGCGACGGUGAACGUGCGCGGCGCGCGACGCGACCAUCACGUCGGUCAUCGACGCGUCGCCUGUCUCGCUCUUCCCACGCUCCCCUCGAGCACCAAGGAACAGAUAGAGCAGUGCGCGCGGGCCAUCUUAGAGGCCCAAGCGAACGGGAUCUCGACGCAAGCGAUCGAACUUAAUCUCCCGUUGAUUGGAGCGACGGAUUUGGACGAUUGGCCGGGAGGAGUUCGUCAGCAGUACGCGGCGUUGGGCCCGAUGGUGAGCGAAGUGCUGAAGCGGAUUAACGCCGGAACCGACGGAAAGCCUCAGCAGCGCAUCAUCGACGACGCCGACGCCGUGGCUGCGAUUACUCUCGGAUCCGACGUUAUCGUGUCUUUUCCAACGGCUGAGGUCUUGGAUGAUCUACGAGCGAUAGAAAAACAAGCCGAGUACCGCCUGAAGAUAAUCGCGAACCCGCAGUGGAACACGAGCGGCGCCAUCAUCGGUGACUUUGGCAUCGGACCGUGGCGUAAAAGAGCGGAGAAUUUCGUCGCCAAGUUCGAGCCAGUGUACUAUCUGAAGGAGCAGCGCAUACAGGGCGAGAUAGUGAGAACUCUGAAGGUGUAUCCGAACGAUUGGCAAGUGUUCGCACUGGCGCCGGGUGCGGACAACAAAAUUGUCGCAGAACCGCUCGGAACGUUCACAAAGAGACCGCUGUACGAUGAGCUGAAGACAUUGUUAGAAUCGAGAGAGGGGUCGGUGGCUAGCAUGAAUUGGGUCGAACGAGCCAAGCGUGAGGCGACGUUCAACGCCAAGAGCUUGCAGCAAACUCCGAAGGAGGAGAGUUGA